UUUCUCUCUUUGUCCAUCUUUCUCUCUUUGUCCAGCUGUUGCUCCUACGUGGGUCGUCGUGGUAAUGGUCCUCAGGCGAUAUCGAUAGGGAAGAACUGUGAUAAGUUUGGCAUCGUGGUUCAUGAGUUGGGUCACGUGAUCGGGUUCUGGCAUGAACACACCCGGCCUGACCGAGACGAUCACGUCACCAUCAUCAGAGACAACAUACAACCAGGUCAGGAGUAUAACUUCUUGAAGAUGGAACCAGGAGAGGUGAACUCGCUGGGAGAGCCUUACGACUUCGACAGCAUCAUGCAUUAUGCUAGGAACACCUUCUCACGAGGUAUGUUUCUAGACACCAUCCUCCCAUCUAGAGAUGAGAAUGGGAUCCGUCCUGCCAUUGGACAGAGGACCCGACUCAGUAAAGGAGACAUCUCUCAGGCCAGGAAGCUCUACAGAUGCCCCGCGUGCGGGGAGACCCUACAGGAGUCGACAGGUAACUUCUCGUCGCCCGGUUACCCCAACGGUUACCCCUCGUACACACACUGUGUCUGGAGGGUCUCUGUCACCCCGGGAGAGAAGAUUGUUCUAAACUUUACCACUAUGGACCUGUAUAAGAGCUCUCUUUGUUGGUAUGACUACAUAGAAGUUAGAGAUGGAUACUGGAGGAAGGCCCCACUGCUAGGUAGGUUCUGUGGGGAUCAGGUUCCUGAGGGUCUGGUGUCGUCAGAGAGUCGGAUGUGGAUUGAGUUCCGAAGCAGCAGUAACUGGGUGGGAAAGGGAUUUACAGCUGUUUAUGAAGCUGUCUGUGGAGGAGAGAUCUUGAAGGAUCAGGGCCAGAUUCAGUCCCCUAACUAUCCUGAUGACUACCGUCCAUCUAAAGACUGUGUUUGGAGGAUCACCGUCUCAGAGGGGUACAACGUAGGACUCAGCUUCCAGGCCUUUGAGAUUGAGAGACAUGACAGCUGUGCCUACGACUACCUGGAGGUGCGUGACGGCCCGGCUGAAUCCAGCCCUCUGAUUGGUCGAUUCUGCGGUUACGACAGACCAGAGGAGGUCCGCUCCACCUCACACAACCUCUGGAUGAAGUUCGUCUCCGACGGAACCGUCAACAAGGCCGGCUUCGCUGCCAACUUCUUCAAAGAGGAGGAUGAGUGUUCUAAGCCAGAUAACGGAGGCUGUGAACAGAGGUGUGUCAAUACGCUGGGCAGCUUCAAGUGUGCCUGCGACCCCGGGUACGAGCUGGCCCUGGACAAAAAGAGCUGCGAAGCUGCAUGUGGAGGUCUUCUGUCUAAGCUGAAUGGAACCAUCUCCACUCCCGGCUGGCCCAAGGAGUACCCCCCUAAUAAGAACUGUGUGUGGCAGGUAGUUGCUCCAACCCAGUACAGAAUAUCAAUGCAGUUUGAAUCCUUCGAGCUGGAGGGCAACGAGGUGUGUAAGUAUGACUUUGUGGAGAUGCGUAGCGGCCUAUCGUCAGACAGUAAGCUGCACGGAAAAUACUGCGGUACGGAGGUUCCCGAGGUCAUCACAUCACAGUACAACAACAUGAGAAUAGAGUUCAAGUCUGACAACACCGUGUCCAAGAAGGGCUUCAAGGCUCACUUCUUCUCUGGUGAGGCCUCACUGGAGGGACCGCUGUUUCUGAUUGUGGGAUACAGGCCUGCGUCGUGUCACGAGCGCGUGUUUGUGUUUGAGUCGUGUCGCGACGCCAAGCGACCUCGACCCCGUAACCAUGACAACGUGCCGGCGACCUCAGGCAGGGUCAGAG